UGAAACAAGAAAACGCAGGGGAGCAAAAAAAACUAUUACCACUUCGCAACUUUCUGGGCCACUAAAACACGCUCCAGUCCGUGUAACUAUGAUGAGAUACACCUCCAGGUUUGCUCAGAAGACGUAGUGGUUUAGGUUGAAUGAGUUUUUGAUGACUGGGGCUGCUUCCUUGUUCGACAGCAGGGUGAAAUAUCUCAGUAUCCUCACAAAGAAACUUUGCUUGCUAGGCUGCUAACUCACACGAGCCUGGAGGAAAGACUGAUCACCGGCUAAAACUGGUCGACCUGCCACUAUCGUCUCUCUGUUGAGUUAGCCAGGCGCUGUUAGCAGGGCAGUGAGUGGGAAAUGGUAUUUGUAAGACCAAACAGUGGAUUUUUUCAACUGUUUUGAAUAGUCAUCACCCGUGAAAGAAGAGUCGAGUUGCAGCUGGUAGCCCCGGCCACCACCACUACCACCAACACCACCAGUCUUUUCCAAGAGCGCCCCCAGUUUUACAUCAAGCAGGAUAUCUUUGCCAUUUUUUUCGGCUGGUCGAGAGCUAAAGUUGCUUUUAGGGGGAAGAUGUCCGGCCGAAGUGGAGUGGGACAGACCCGGGGAGCAACUCUGGGUCCACAGCCCCUCAAAGCAACCAUUCCGUAUCAGCUGGCCAGCAAAGCACGACCAAACUGGAGAGAUGGCAAGUCAGCAGGGAAGACCAAAUCGCACCAGCUGAGCUCUGGCAUGAGGCGCACAAUGUCUCUGGAUGCCAUCAUCGGGCCCUACCUGCAGGGACACUGGCCCAAAGAACCAGAGGGCCAGAGCAGCCUGUCUCGGAAGGACAAAUCCACCCAGACCCCAGACUCGUGGUCGGACAAAUCCCAGAGCAGGAGAAGCAGUAGCAGUGGGCACAAACGAUCUGCGUCAUGGGGCAGCGCCGAGCAUCUACGGGAGAUUGCCAAGCUGAAGCAGCAGCUGCAGCAGCGCACAAAAUCUGCUGUCUCAGGGGGCCAUGACAAAGACCGACAGCAUAGCAGUCCUCAAGGGAGCUGUAGCUCAGGAACUACACAGACACAGCCGGUGCCUAUCCCCCUCACCCCUCUGUCCAGACUGGCCCCUCGUCUGCGCUGCAGUGUGGAGGGCCUCAACCAGGAGCUGGAGGGCAUGUUCAUUUGCCAGCCACCGCACCACCAGCACAGGCUCCUUGAGGUUCCAGAUGGCCACAGGGCUCCAGUUCCUCCCCAGAGUCUCAGCAGUGGAUCCCAGAGUGACCCCUCCACCACACCCCUCUCUCAGCCCUGCUCCUCAUCCUCCUCCACCUCUUCCUCACCCUGCUCCUCUCCCACCUACCUCUCUAACUCCCCACCUGAUUCCGAAGACCUACCUGUGGACUUGGACCGAGGUGUGACGGACAGCGCAGAGAUGUGCCUCCUGUCUCCAUGCUCCUCCCAGAGUGAGGCUGACCUCUCGCUCCCUUUGCUGCUCUCCUCUUCCCCACGGCCCAACAAAAGCUGCUGCUUCCAAAGGGAGCCCCCGGAGGGCUGUGAAAAGGUCCGCGUGUGGGAGGAGACCAGAGCUCCACACCACCCCAAGCCAGCCCUCAUCUCCUCCUGCCCAGACCUCAACAAGGUAAACUUUACCCCCCAUGGGGGCUCUGCCUUCUGCCCUGUCAGCCUCCUCAAGCCCCUGCUGCCCUCCAUGGACCUGUUGCUCCGCAGCCUCACUGUCUCUCCAGUGGGCGGUUGCUCUAGCCAUGGCACAGCCUCCUCCAGCAGCAUGGGUCCUUCUCCGGAUUCUCCUGCCUCUGCUGCCAUGGCAGAGAGCUCUGGGGAGGGCCUCGCUUUCUGAUGACAGAAAGCGGCUUCAGACUUUUUUUUUUUUUCCCUUUGCAAAUAUAUGCGUCUUAGAGAUCUCAGUUUCUCCUGAUGUGAUCCGAGACAUUAAAAAUUUAAAACAAAGCAAUAGCAAAAAAACAAAGAAUCUGCAAACCAAACUAUAUUAGACAGUAUGCUCGUCACAGCCCUGUGGUUAGUAUUUCUGAAAAACACGUUCCAGUAGUAGCGCCAGAUGCACAGCCUACGAUGGCACUUUCCAAAUCAUCUUUGUUUUCACUCCCCCUCAAACACACGUUGUUCAUUUUAUUGGUUCUUUUUGUGGCCCGUUUCUGGAACUGUAAAUUAUAAUUUAUGUUAUCCUUAUCUAAAACACACAGCAGCAGUCAGUAGACCUUUGAACCAUUAUAUUGCCUACAGUUAGAAAGCUCUAGUGGUCUAAAGGGUUUCCUUGUUGAUCUUAUUUUGGGGAGUGACCUUAUGAUUUUCUCCCUUUUUUUAUAUAUAUAUACAUGAAUGAAAAAAACUUAUGUUAAAAAAAAAUAUAUAGUAUUAGAAGGGGAAUUAAUGUCCUCCUUGUAUGCAAUCCAAAGGACAUGCUUUAUAAUAAUGGGUUAGGGUUAGUUAAUACUGGACUUGUUUGGGUUUCCAGGCUUCAUAACAUUUCUGAAUGGAAGACUUUGAUUGUUAUUUUGUAAUCCAAAGAAGUAAUAUUGGCCAAACAUAAGAGUGUGUCAGUGGACUGUUCAUUCCACUGUUGCUCUAUCAGAGUGUAAUGAUGCUCCAUGAUUUCUUUGAUGUAUAUUUCUUUAUGACUGACCCUCUCACUUGCUGUGCAGCUGUUUUAUAUUAAUGAUGUUUUUUUUUUUUUUUUUUUUUUCUUAAGAUACCAAGACAGACUUUGUGUUUAUUUGCCAAUUCUGGUUUUCUUACUCUGGAGAGAUCUUGGUAGACUGUAGACUGAACCUGUUGUUUCUGUUGGCAGUCAGUGAUGUUAUCCUGACUGCAUAACACUCUUUGGACAAAUCUGGUUGCUUUUUAAAUAUUCAAAGCAUAUUAAUCUAAACAUCAACUGUACAUUUGCUGCAUUGUAAGUGGUGACAAAGGAAAUCCUAACAUUUCUUGAAAUGCAAAAUGCAAUUGGGUUAAUUUGCCUAACCUUGCUUUUUUUUUUUUUUUUUUUUUUUUGGUGGCGCUGAAGUACAAACAUGACAAAUCACUUUGGUACUUUUUUAUUUUCUGAGUGGAAAAUGUUGCUAAAUUAAAUCACGUUUUGGUUCUUGGAAGACUUACGGGAAUUUUCCAGCUGUUGGGCUUGGGUAACGAGAAUACCUAAAAGCUACAGCUUAAGCAUUCCUGCUUAAAAGGCUGUGUAAUGUUUGUGUUCUACUUAUUUACUUGCAAAACAAGGUAAUAUGUGCAUAUGUUAAAGGACAGACUCAAUAUUCUUAGAUUGUUAGAUGUGUGCUUGUUAUGUUUAUAGUUUUUGUGAGGUUUCACAACCAGUUAACUACCUAACCAGUUUUAGUGGUGUAGAAUUGUCAUCUUUAAUGUCUAGCAUUUUUCAGAAGGUAUUUUCUAUUUUGUUUCCACCAUGCUGACAAAAUGAUGUUCAAAUAGAGGUUUAUUUCAAGUAGAUGUUUGCACAUACUGAACUGCUACUUUUGAGUCGCAAUUCUUAUUUUUAUAUUCACUUUUGUACUUUAUUGUAAAUGAGUAAGAGUAGUGUGUUUUCUGCAUCUGUUCAAUGAUCUGCAACAUAAGCUAAAAAAAAAAAAAGAUCUGUUCUAAUGUUACUUCUUAGUUUUGUCCUCUGUCUGUAGAAUUAAGGCAGGUGUAACAAAAUGGUAUCGGG